AUGCCUGGUGAGGAUGGAGAGAACGAGGUGCCCCUCUACGCCCCAGAUGGUGUGGAUCCCUCCAAACAUGUGUACCUCAAUGCGGAUAUCGCCAAACGUCUGAAGCCACAUCAACUCGAGGGCGUCAAAUUCUUGUGGAGAGAAAUCACUGCUCCUCAAGAUGAGGACGGCCAAGGCUGUUUGCUAGCUCACACGAUGGGUUUGGGCAAGACAGCUCAGAGCCUUGCGCUCCUUACGGCAGUAGCCGAAACAGCAAAGGACAUGAACAAACGCGAUGCUCUUCCCGAAGAUCUGAAGAAGGCUAGAAGCAAGUUCAGAGCCCUCGUACUGUGCCCGCCAUCUCUCAUGGCAAACUGGAAGCAAGAGAUUGCCACAUGGUGCCCCAAGAAGCUGUUCCAAGUCUUCAGCUUGAGCAGCGAAGUAACAGCUAAGGAAUUGAGACUGUAUGAGCUCAAAAGCUGGCGUCGAGAAGGAGGCAUAAUGCUUUGCGGUUAUACAAUGUUUACCAGAUUGAUAAAUCGCCAGGGUGGCAAGACGCAAGCCCUCGAUGAUGCACAGCAUGAGACUGUGUUGAAGAUCCUUCUGGAAAAGCCUCAUAUUGUCGUCGCCGACGAGGUACACACUAUUAAGAGCGAUUCAAGCAAGGUUUCUCUAGCCGCUCACAAAAUCAAGACUCAACGCCGCAUUGGUCUAACAGGCUCACCUAUGAGCAACAACACUACCGAAAUCUUUGCUUUGAUCGACUGGGUAGCGCCUGGAUUCUUAGGCAACAAAGUCGAGUUCAAAGCUCACUACCAGGAACCAAUCGAAGCGGGAACAUAUUUCGACAGCAGCCCGUCCGAAGUUCGGAGAUCACUGAAAAAGCUGGCAGCACUGAAAGAUAUCAUUGAUCCAAAGCUCAAUCGCGCCGACAUCACUGUGCUCAAAGGCUCUCUCAAGAGAAAAGUGGAGUUCGUAUUGACAAUUCCACUGACCGAAUCGCAGAGAUCAGGCUAUGCGGCUUAUGUCAAAGAAAUCCUCCGUGGCAAGGCUGGUGAAGAAGGGACAACAAUCACUCAGGCCAAGCUUUUUGGGUGGCUGUCCAUCCUGCAGCUGUUGUGCAACCACCCAAUUGUCUUCCGACGCAAGCUGCUUGAACCCCCAAAAGAAACCACCACCACCAACAACAAGAAGGGCAAGAGGACUACACUCAAUCCUGCAGAGAUUGAAGUACCUGCAAGCCCAGCCACAUACGACAUCAACAAAGCUAUAGUCGAUGCUUUGCUCGAAGUCGUUCCUGAUGACGAUUCUAUUGAGCUGUCCUACAAAACCUUGCUCGUCCGAAAGAUUAUGCGUCUCUCGAUCGAAGCGGGCGACAAGGUUCUGAUUUUCUCUCAGAGCAUACCCUCUUUGAACUUCCUCGAUCGUAUGCUAUCGAGUAUGGGUGCCAGUUAUGGACGCAUUCAAGGAGACGUCGCUCAGGAUAAGCGCGAGAGGGUACUCAAGCAGAUGGCCGAUGGCAAGCUCGAUGUUUUGCUCAUCUCAACUCGUGCAGGAGGUCUUGGCUUGAACAUUCAGCAAGCCAACCGUGUCAUCAUCUUUGACUUUGCCUUUAACCCAACCUGGGAGGAACAAGCCAUCGGAAGAGCGUACCGUCUCGGACAGACGAAACCUGUAUUCGUCUAUCGCUUUGUUGCUGGAGGCACAUUCGAGUUCGCGUUAUACGACAAGCAAUUGUUCAAAACUGGCCUCUCUUCUCGGGUCGUCGACAAGAAGAACCCUCAGCGCAACGCAAACAAGAAGCCUGCAGAGUGGAUGAAACCACCUAGCGACGUGUUGCAGCAAGAUAUCAGCGUCGAGGCUGGAAAAGACGAGCAUGUCAUGGACAAGAUCAUCACGAGCCAGGUCGAAGGUAACGAUGAGUUCAUUCGCAGCAUCAAGACUAUGGAGACUCUCAUGGAGGAAUCCAAAGAUGAAGCUUUGACGGCAGAGGAGAUGAAAGAAGUAGCAGAUGAGGUCCUACGAGCGAGAACUGCGAAGAUCCGCAAGCCGGUUGUAGAUCCAGUCCCGCCUCCUCCGCCUGCAUUUGGUCUGCGCCCAAUUGACGCUGUCAUCAAUUCUGGUUCCGGCUCUGCCUUUCAUGAUCUUCCGACCAUGCCUAGGUCAGAUCUCGCUACUGAGGCUCAAGGCCAAUUCAAUCGUGACCUGGCUUUCGAAGCCGCAGACAGACGUUUUAGGGCGCAGAUUCAAGGUGUUAAGCCUACGGACCCGACUGGCUCACCGCCUACACCAAGCAGAAUGAAGACAAGAUAUUGA